AUUUGACGAAACAGAGUUUAUUACCACCCCUCCUCGAGGCAGCCGUCUCCUCGAUCCACGAACUAACAAGGCCGAAACCCCAGUGGAUGUAUACGGCAUCUUGCGUCUAAACAAAACGGCAUACUUGACUGAAACUGGUCGCAUACGACUUCGAGCGGAACUCAGGCAGAGAGAUGGUCCUGGAAGCGGCCUCACGCUAGAGCGUCUUUUCGGGGAUGGCAAGAACUCUGGUUCAACCAUCCGUGUCUAUCUACGUGGUUUCACGCCCUACAUCAUUGGUUGUAACGACAAUAGAUCCAUAGAUGCGCUCGACAAAGGGAGAACACCUCUAGAUCAACGCACCAUCGACUGGUUGGUUGAAAAAUACACCACCGAAAUUCGGAAGCACGAUCUCUUCCGGCGUCUUAUACAUAACGGCCCCGACGAACAGACUUCAGUGAAACGCCACCUAAGGCAUGUUUCUCAGGCUGAUAUCAGGUGUUAUUUUGCGGCGCAGGCUGAGUGGCUCCUCGCACAUCAAUUGGCAUCAUCUCACAGCCAGGAAGUGCGGGGUCGGCUGAGCUUACGGCAUUGGGUUGCGUUCUGUCGAGAGGUGAAAAUUGAUCGACAGAAGGCAAGAUCGCAAGGAGUGAGGUGGGGAAUGCCACAUGGUGCCAAAAAGGAAUAUAUUGGCAAAGCCGGCGAUGAAUUUGGUUUGGCAAGAUUUGGUAUGGGCGAGAAGCCUGCUACGUUUUGGGAGACACAGCUCCACAAUGGGUUGAAAGAGAAAAAGAAGCAGAUGGAUUUCGAAUUCGAGGCCCAGCUACCACGCAAAGAAGCCUCACACAAAGAAGAGUUACGCAAGGGAGAGUUCUCAUAUGAUGGGGACUUUUCGGAACCCUCUACACCAGGGAUGUCGGACACAGACUCUGAUAUUGAAUCUGACAUUUUUGCGCAACCAAUCCCCCAAUGCGUGUUUGAUCCUCCAGAGAUUCCUCCAGGUCGAUUCACCUGGUUUUGUUGUAUUCCCGGUUGUUCCUAUACAAUCGACCUCCUCAACCUGACAGAAGAGAAUCUCAAUGGGCUUCCGGAACAUACGGCUUACAUCUUGAAAAGCAAAUCAUGGUCAUCUGUCAGGGAUUCCCCAGUACAACAAUCGCUACAGCAUCUGGUCAACAUUCACUACAACUCGCAUCUUGAAGAACAUGGAAUUUAUGUCGAUCUCAAAGGCAAGAGAAGGUACGUGGAUGUGUGGCCACCAGGGAGCUCCAAAAAACGUCAAGUGAAGGAAACGGUGGUUAAGUUGGAAGAGGACGACACUGGGCCGGAACUGAGACGCAGCCGCAGACCAAAGAGUGGACCAGUAGUUUAUACCAGCUUGUCACCUACGAGCUAUUGGCAUUAUGCACCUGGAGCAACAUAUUUUAAGGACUCGAGCUCCGCAACACCCUGA